AUGAGGAUCAUGCUCCUACUACACUGGCUUGGGGUGUUUCUGUCCUUUUCUGGGCACACUUGGGCUGAGCACCCUCAACAUCAUAGUCCUCCAGAAGUGGUGAUUCCCUUGAGAAUAACAAGCACUGGCCUUAGCAUGAAGUUUCCAGGCUGGCUCUGUUAUGGUAUGCAUUUUGGGGGUGAAAGACACAUUAUCUACAUGAAGGUCAAGAAGCAUUUGCUGUCCAGACACUUUCCAGUGUUCACCUACAGUGAUCAAGGUGCUCUCCUUGAGGACCAGCCUUUUGUUCAGAAUGACUGCUAUUAUCAUGGUUAUGUGGAGGGGGACCCAGAAUCCCUGGUUGCCCUCAGUACCUGUUUUGGUGGCUUUCGAGGCUUGUUACAGAUAAAUGACAUUGCUUAUGAAAUUAAGCCCAUGAUUUUUUCUUCCAAAUUUGAACAUCUGAUAUAUAAAAUGGACAGAGAGGACACUGAAUACCAAACCAUGAAAUCUGACUUUAUGCAAGAGGAAAUUGUACAGCAAUUUGAGUUUCAAGAGAUUGGUAAUUCUACUCUGAAGCAAAGUUCAUAUGAGGGCUGGUGGCCCCACAGUUACUUUAUUGAAAUAGUAGUGGUAGUUGACAAUACUCUCUAUCUUCAAAGUAACAAAAAUGUCUCAAUAGUGCAGGAAGACCUAUAUGUUAUGGUGAAUAUAGCAGAUUCUAUUUAUGAGGAAAUAGGUCUUAAGGUUUUAUUGUUUGGCAUGGAGGUGUGGACUAAAGAAAAUCCCAUUGAAGUAGAUGAUGUAAAGAGAUCUCUGAGAAUAUUUUGUCGUUGGAAAGCUGCAAACCUUUAUUCCCGCCUGCCACAUGAUACUGCACAUCUUCUAAUACAUAAGACAUUAAGAGGAAUGAGUGGUUUAGGCUAUGUUGCAGGACUCUGUAGAACAAGCCAUAGUUGUGCAAUUAUUACUUUUACAAGAAAGCCUGUGGGCCUUAGGGGAAUUGCAAUGGCUCAUCAUAUUGGUCAUAAUUUGGGUAUGUUUCAUGAUCGUAUUUUGUGUACUUGUGGAAAAUAUAAAUGUAUAAUGCAUAAUGAUAACCCACCAAUAACUAAAUUUAGCAAUUGUAGUUAUGCUUUUUUAUGGGAUUAUUCCUUACGUCAGACAAAAUGCUUGCUCUACACCAUAUACACAAGUGACAUAUUUAACCGAAAACGCUGUGGGAAUGGUGUUGUUGAAGAUGAAGAGGAGUGUGACUGUGGACCUUUGCAGCAAUGCUCAAAAGAUGCCUGCUGUCUGUCAAACUGCACUCUCAGUUCGGGGUCUAAUUGUGCUUAUGGGCUUUGUUGCAAGGACUGCCAGUUCUUACCAUCAGGGGAUGUGUGUAGGAAGGAAAUCAAUGAAUGUGAUCUUCCAGAAUGGUGCAAUGGAACAUCCCAUAUGUGCCCAGAUGAUGUAUAUGUGGAGGAUGGAAUUCCCUGUAAUGAAAGUGCUUACUGCUACGAAAAGAGAUGUAAUGAUCGCAAUUUACAGUGUAAGCAGAUUUUUGGCCAAGAGGCAAAGAAUGCAAGUUACAGUUGCUACAAAAAAAUAAACACUCUAGGUGACCGGUUUGGUCACUGUGGUACCCAAAACUUUUCAUAUAUAAAAUGUAAUAUGUCGGAUGUCUUGUGUGGGAGGAUUCAGUGUGAGAACAUAACUGAAAUUCCCCUUCUAACCGAUCAUUCUACUGUGCAUUGGACCUAUUACGAUGGUGUCAACUGCUGGGGUACUGACUCCCACAUUGGGAUGACCACACCCGAUAUAGGUGCAGUGGAAGAUGGCACAGAGUGUGGUGAAGAACACCUCUGCAUCCAUAGGAAGUGUGUCCAUAUAUCUUACUUGGACAGUAAUUGUUCACCUACAUUCUGUAAUCGAAGAGGAAUCUGCAACAAUAAACAUCACUGCCAUUGCAACUAUCUAUGGGACCCUCCCAACUGCCUAAAACAAGGCCAUGGAGGUAGUAUUGACAGUGGUCCACCCCCUAGGAGAAAGAAGAUACAGAAGAUUUAUGUCUUAAUGUUUUCACUUUUUUGGUUGUUAGUUUUAUUAUGUUGUCUUUUUUGUCUUUGUAUGAAGAGAAAACGUAAGAAAAAAGAGCAAAUUGUUCAUCCUCAACCUCAAAUGAAGCCACAAGCAAAGCCAAAUAUUCCACCUUCACAACAGACACCCUCACAGAAUAUUCCACCUCCACAACGGACACCCUCAAGACCAGGUCCACAACCAUAG